AUGCCCAACGGUGCUUCCAUGCAAGAUGGUCGGCUAUCUAAAAAUCAGACCAAAAGUGCCGACUCAUCAAUGGACCAAGAAUCUGCCGAUGAUAUCACGCCGAUUUUCGUGGACCGAAAUUUGCACCUGACCUUCACCGUCUCUGAAUUAAUGACUCAGAAUGUACUCUCGAAGGUCUUUGUCUUUGACCUGAGUAAAUUGUGUCUUCCUGAAGUUCCAGAGGUCCCUGAUGGCCCAGCUACCUUGGAUGCGGUACAUUCUGCCCUCGUUCAUGAAGUGAAAACAAAAGCAGCAUCUCCUCUGGAAUAUUCUACAGUCGACAAGCACUUACAGAUAGUUGGAUAUAAGGAUGUUCAGGUAUUAGAAGACAACGAUUUACAGAUCGAAGACAACGAUGGCCAGCUAGAAGACAACGGUGUCCAGCUAGAAGACAAAGAUGUACAGAUAGACAACAACGAUGUCCAGAUAGACGACAACGAUGUUCAGAUAGACGACAACGAUGGCCAGCUAGAAGACAAUGGUGUUCAGAUAGACGACAACGGUAUCCAUAUAGAAGACAACGAUCUACAGAAAGACGACAACGGUAUCCAUAUAGUCCAAGAAAAUUACAAGCAGAUGGUUCAAGAAAAUUGCAAGCAAAUGGCCGAGGACAAUCAAAAGCAGAUGGUUGAGGAAAAUGGCAUCCAGGUCGUGGAAGACAAUGACAAUUCGCUGAGCGAAAAUGAAAUUGAACUGGACUAUGUGCCCUCUUCGGAAGGCGAAGACAAUAAGCUCAGCUCAGGAGAUGAUCAUGAGUAUGCGCCUGAAGAAGAAGAAGAAGAGUCUGAAUAA